AUGUCCAAUAACCUCCGGGAAUGUAAACAUGGAAAUUUUUAUAGAGCAAUUAUUUCCGAACCAUCAAAACAAUAUUAUAAUGGUGGUUAUAAAAAUAAUAGAGAAUCAAUAAUAAAAAAAAUCAAAGAAAAUAAUUUAACCAAUAUUUCAGAUUUUACAUAUGAUAAAUUAUGGAUAGAAUUUGGAUUUAAAAAUUAUUGUUAUGAUAUAAUACCAUACGAUGAAGCAAUUGAAUUUUGGUUCAGUUAUAUUAAUUCAGAUAAUGAAAUUAUUAGAUUAUUUAUUAUUUUUGACUGGUUCACUUUUCAUCAAAAAAAAGAAGGCUAUGAACAUGAAUUAAGUUAUUUUGCUGAUAAAUUAUCAUCUUUAAUUAUUGCAAAUGGUUAUUCAACUAUACGUUGUUUACCAGGUGGAAAACCAAGAAAAGUUGGAAUAUUUGUAUCAGUUAUAAAUAAAUAUUUAAAAAUUAAUAAUAAUAUUAGUGAUAAUAAUAAUAAUGAUGAUAACGAACCUAAUACAACAACAACAACAACAACAAUAACAACAACAACAACAACAACAAUAACAACAACAACAACAAUAACAACAACAACAACUAUGGAUACAACCAUCAACCAUGGUGAAUCAUCAUUAAAAUUGAUUAAUAAUUAUAUUUUAAUUUCAAAAAUUAUAAAAAGGGUUUUAAAUCAAGAUUUUAUAAUUGAUAAAAAAAAUAAUGAAUUUGAACAAAUAAUUUGGAAUAGUGUAAAGAAUAUUUCAAUGGUUUGUUGGGAUUUUUUAAAACUAUUAUCAAAAAUUUUAAGUAAUUAUAAAAGUGAUAUUCUUGAUACCUAUUUAAAUUCAGUAAAAGAACAUAGAUAUAAUAAAUUCAAUAUUUUUUAUUAUAAUAAUAAUAAUGGAUUUUUAAAAAAUCAAUAUUAUACAACAAUCAUUAGAACUACACCAUACUCCAAGAUUAAAGAUUCAUUUAGUCAUUUAGAGAAAUUAAUUGUUAAAUCUGAUAUUUAUGCUCAAUUAGAUGAAAGUGAUGAAGCCCAUCCAUUAGCAAUGAAUUUUAAUUAUUAUCCACCAAGAGAAUUAAAUUCAUUAAAAAAGGUUAUUGAUCAUUCUCAUAAUACAAGUAAAUCAUUUUUAGUUGGAUACAAUAAAACUUUAUUGGAUUAUAUUUUAAUUCAUUGUAAUUGUACUUUAAAUUCAUUUACCUAUGAAUUAGAUAAUAAAGAAGGUUUUACUAAACUAUUAAAUAGUUUCUAUGAGGAAUAUCAUUAUUAUUUUGAUAUGUCACUUGUAUCAUUAAAACAUCUGAUAUUUUAA